GAGCUCGAGGCGGCGAUGACGGGCCCCUACGACGGCUGCGACUGCCGCCUGGAGAUCACGGCGGGCGCCGGCGGCCUCGACGCCCAGGAGUGGACGGCCAUGGUCGCGCGCAUGUACGCGCGCUUCGGCGAGAAGCGGGGGUUCUCCGUCGUCGAGGCGGAGCGGUCCGAGGGCGACCACCCCGGCUGCGUCAAGGGCGUGUCCCUCGAGAUCCGGGGCGCGAACGCCUUCGGCCUGUUCCGCGGCGAGAAGGGCGCCCACCGCCUCGUGCGCCAGUCGCCCUUCAACUCCGCGGCGAAGCGGCAGACGUCGUUCGCGUCCGUGGAACCGACCCCCGACCUGCCCGACGACCACCCGGACCUGCCCGCGGACGUCGCCGAGCUGGACCCGGCGGACCUGGAGGUGACGACGGCGCGGGCCGGCGGGGCCGGCGGGCAGAACGUGAACAAGGUCGAGACGGCCGUGCGCAUGACGCACGUCCCGACGGGGCUGCGGGUGCGCUGCGCGCGCGAGCGCACGCAGGGCGCGAACAAGGCCAUCGCGCUGACCAUGCUCCGCGCGAAGCUCGUGGCCGCGAUGGCCGAGCAGCGCGCGGCGACGCUCGCGGACAUCCGCGGCGACCGCGUCGCCGCGGACUUCGGCGCGUCCGUGCGGUCCUACGUGCUCCACCCCUACAAGCUCGUCAAGGACGACAAGCACGAGACGCCGCACGCGACGGACGUGCUCGACGGCGACCUCGGCCCGUUUCUGGACGCGGAGCUGCGGCGGCGGGCGAGGGGGGAGGAGGCGGGGGAUUCGAACGGGUAA